UUGCGCGUUGCUUCCGGGUCAGAGGCCGGACGGCCGGGCGCUGUGUGGGCCAUGGUGCAGCUGCGGCCUCGCGCGUCCCGCGUCCCGCCGUCGGCGAUGGUGGACGAGGGCCAGCCCGCCUCCGAGGAGGAGGAGGAGGCGGAGCACGGCCUGUUGCUCGGGCAGCCCAGCAGCGGCGCGGCCGCGGAGCCGCUGGAGGAAGACGACGAGGAAGGGGACGACGAGUUUGACGACGAGGCCCCGGAGGAGCUGACUUUCGCCAGCGCCCAGGCGGAAGCACGAGAGGAGGAGCGGCGGGUUCGGGAGUCGGUGCGCAGGGACAAAACGCUCCUGAAGGAGAAGAGGAAGCGACGCGAGGAGCUGUUCAUCGAACAAAAGAAAAGGAAACUCCUUCCGGAUAACAUUCUAGAGAAGUUAACUACAGCCGGACAGACUAACAUCAAGAAAUCAUCAGGAAAGUUGAAAGAAGCGAAUUUGCAGAAGGAAAAUGAAGACUGUGACAAAGGAAGUGAUUCCAAGAAAGCUAAAGUACAAAAAGUACAGUCUGUCGGCCAGAAUAAAAGCUACUUGGCUCUAAGGCUAAAAGAUCAAGAUCUGAGAGAUUCAAGACAGCAAGCAGCAAAAGCCUUUAUACAGAAUUCGUUAUAUGGUCCAGGAACCAACAGAACUACUGUAAACAAGUUCCUGUCUCUUGAAAAUAAGAGGUUACCAGUGAAAAAGGCUGCAGCCCAGUUUCUGAAUAAUGCUUGGGGAACUCAGAAAAAACAAAAUGCCAAGAGGUUUAAAAGACGGUGGAUGGUCAGAAAGAUGAAAACGUCUAAGAAGUAAAUCAAAUGAAGUAAAUGAAGGAUGAGAACUUGUAUGUAUAGGACUCAGUUAUUUGGUUUAGAAAACGCUCUUAAAAAGAUCUAAUAAAUGAUUUACAAAGA